UUUGAAAAGUAUUUGAGCGGAGCGAGUUUGAAACUAGUGGAGAAUGAAGUAAGGAGACUCAGUUGAGAAAAUCAAACGAUAACAAUUCACAAUGAUACGACCUACGUGAGUAGAAAUGUUGCGAUUGCAAUGAAAAUUAUUUAUUAUUGAAACAUUUGCAAAUACCAGUAACCGAUUUCUUUAGCUAGCUAGCUAUUUUCGCAAACGAAUGUCGUCAAGCCGAGAAGCAAGCUAGUAGUACUGUAGUAGUAGUAGCAGCUGCUACCUAUUAGUUUUUUUAUUUGACUACUUAGGAAGGGCAAAACCCCACGUUGACCUGCUCCCAAGAAGCCAUCCAGCAAUCGGAAAGAUACUGUCGGUGUGUCCUGCCGUGUGCGACCUCUGGUAGCGGAGGAUGAGGAAUGCUGUAUUGAUCAGCAACGCCACAAUCCAGCUGCACGUUCCUGACGGACUCAAAGCCAACAGAAAUGGAGAAUUCAAGGAGACCCAGUACUGCUUCAAGAAGGUAUUCGGCAUCAAGACGUCCCAGAUGGAAUUGUUUGAGGAUGUUGCCAAGCCCCUCGUUGAUGACCUCAUUCAUAGCAAGAACGGUGUAGAAUCCACCCAGUCAGUGAUGCACCAGCUGAUCCAGAACCUGCCCGCCAGCGAGAUCACGGACCCCCAUGAUGACGUCACCCUGCCCCGCCUCAUAGAGGUGCUGGAGAAGAGACACAAGAUCAGGCAGAUGGUGACCCAGGAGUACAACAUAGCCAACAUGGUGAGGUCCAUGCUCCAGGAGCUGGACAGUAGCCUGGUCUCCAAGGAGAAGUUCAUCCACAACCAGAAGAUUGAGAUUGACCGCCUGGAGAAAAAGUCUAAGAUGCUUGAGUACAAGAUUGACAUCCUGCAGAAGACCACCACCAUCUGAUGUGAUGUGGUCCGUGUCAACCACUCACCGGGUUCCUCCAUUCAGCCGUAAGAGGAGGUCGUCAGAGGAAAACGCUGUCCAGGGGGACGACCGUAUGGAGGGCGACUGGACAGACGUGGAGACCAGGUGUUCUCUGGCUGUAGAGAUGAGGUCUGGAUCUAACCUGGGUCCAGGAUACCAGCACCGUGGAUAUCAGAGGCGCAGAAAGCCCUGAGAAGAACCUCUGCUGUCAGGGAUGCUCCAUACACCUCACCCCUCAACCCCUCCCUCCCUCCCUCCUCAAACCUCAC